GCAUCCUGUUUGUGUUGAUACAAAUAAACUCAAAUGAAGUUCAAUGACAGGGGCGUAGCUAGCAUUUUUUUAGCUGUAGGCCCGGCUUUGAUACUUAAAAACAUGGGGUUCGGGGGUCCUCCCCAUAAUUUUUUUUAAAUGUAUAACGCCUGUGGUGAGAUUUAAAUCAUAUCUAGACAAAUAAAAAGAUCAGAAAAUAUAGGACUUUUGCCUGUUUUUCUUUGAUAUUUUAUUGUUUUAUCUCAAUGUCGGAGAACUAAAUUUUACUGUAUUAUCUUUAUACUAGAAAACUAAAUUUUAAAACAAUAUGGAACAGAGAAACUUUUAAAAGUGUAACACUCCACUUAUUCACAAGUCAAACCAUGGGAAUUCUUUCCAAUAAUACUGUCUGCAUGUCUAUAACGGCACGUUUUUGUUCGGCAUCAAGGGACCGAACUGACCCGGAUUCAGUCAAUAGAUCGGGAUACGGGGCCAAGUGCUCCAUUUUAAUUUUCCGCGGUCAUAAACAUCAUUUGGAAUGUUUCUUAAAAAUCCAACGAUAAUCUAUUACACCUUACUGUAGUUUUGAAAGGGAGACAAGUAGAUCGAAAUGUAGAUCUAUGUAAACUUGUAACAGCAAGUCAUGUGAAAAGAAGCGAGCUAGAGUCUAUGCACAUAGAAAGAAGUAGAGUUGAUAAAUGGAAGAUAUGUCAUUUGAACACGACCAGAAUCCAUUGUCUGAGGAUUAUGUCAAUAUGAAAUGCAGAUUUUUAACAUCUAACCCCCUCAGGGUCAACAUUUUAAUGCGUUUUUCUAAGUUGAAGCAUUUUUAUUUAUUUUUCAUGUUUCAAAAAUAAAUUCUAGGCCCAGGCCUGCUGUGCCUAAUAGCAGCUACACCCCUGAAUGAAUAUAUCUCUUGAUAAAAUUACUUAUGCAAACUGGCUCUUUAGCAUGCUAGACCUGUUUGCUGAAGCUAAUAAUGUAUCAAAGUGACUACCAGAGAUGUUGCAUAUUAAAGGGGCCUUUUCACAGAUUUAAGCAUAUAUUGAAGUUUGUCAUGAAAUGCUUUAUAUUGAUAAAUGUAAACAUUGGGUCUAAAAACUGCAGUAAAAAAACAACAAGAAUAAAAUUAAAGAAAGAAAAAAAGUAACACUCAACUGGGCUCUAACCACUGACCCCUUGAGUAAAAGUCUAUCGCUUAGACCACUCCGCCAUUCGUGCUCGUACAAUGAGUGAGCUUCUUCACAUUGUCGCCCAUCACGGGACCAGAGACUGCCACAUAAGUGUGAGCAUCAAGACUGCCAAAACUUUGAUAGACCAAAACCAUGCUUCAAAUAAAGGUUUAUUCUACAUCAAAGUGACAUCUUCAGCAAAAAUUACAAAGGAUACUUUUGAAGAAUUAUUGGACACAUCUGAUCUCCUUGUUUUGCUAUCCAAAUUGGACAAGUUUGAAAAUGAAAGCCAUCUGUGCUUGCAACACCAUUUUAAAGAUCAUCCAGAGAAAAGCAACGGAACGCAUGAAGAAGAAAGGCAUAAAUGUUCAGAUAGUAUCAGUUCUGAUGGGGCUACUGAAAUGACUAAGUAUCAUUCUUUGCAGCUGAAUCUGAAACUUUGUGAGGGAAAACUUGUGGUUGAGAGACAUACAUAUAAAACAAAGAAGCUGAAAGGGUCUGUCAUUUACCUCAGGGUCCUGGCGAGCUCUGUGUGGAUGAUACAGGAAUCCAGGAAGAUCCACAACUUCAUGUCACUUCUAAGAGUUUUCAAACCACAUAGCCAGCUCUUAUUUUACACAAAGAUUGGUGGCGUAAUCUCGGAGACAGAAUUCAGUGUUGCUAGUUGGAAGUGGUUUCCGGGCAUUCAAUCUGAUAUGGUGACAGACAUUCAUUAUUUCUUGCAGGAUAGUGGUAGCACAACGGAUAUCAAGCCAGUUGCCACUGAGCCCAGCCUGCUUACCGUGCAGGCAUUGACCAGGGACAACACUUCCAACACGGUGGUGCUCCAAAUUGUAGCUGUAGCGGCCUAUGUGCCUGUAGACGCAAGUCAUUAUGGGACUUCAUGUGUUACAUUAACCAUGUAUGGACAGAACUUCACACCACUUCAGUAUGAGGGCGAGAGCGUACUGACAGAGUUGGACUGGGCAAAGUAUGGCAUGAAGAUCAGUGUGAACACUCCAGAUCCAUGGACAAAAGUUCUUCUUCCCCAUGAUUGCAUGAAUGAGGUGACAUGUGGCAGCAAGCACCCCGAGGCUUUCUGGAUCCACUUGUGUCUGGUGGUGCAGCCAGUAACACGUGAUGUCAUCAAAGAUUUGGGCCUAUGUUGGAUGACACGAUAUUUGCCAACCUUUCUGUGUGAACAGAGACCGGCUGUUCUACAGACUCUCUCAUCUGCAGUUGACAAAGCAAUGAAGCCUGUGAAGGCAAGACUGAAGACCCAGCAAGUGGUGGAGCAGUCUAUCCAAUCUGUCUGCAGUGCCAUCACAGACAUUGUGUGUCUCAGUGGUAACAACAGCUUCCGGGAUACAGUGUUCAGGAGCAUGCAGGUGGAGGACAGUGUGGGGUUGAAAGAACAACUCCAAUGUAGACUUACAGACAUAAGUCAGCGAUGUCACUCUUCAGUAUGGGGGGGAUACAGUCAGGCUGACUCUUGGAAGCCAUCUAGUGCUGUACCGAGAGAUUCGAACAACACUGCAGCCAGCAGCAAUUUAAGAGGCCGUCCUUUAUCAGGAGAGGGUCAUUCAUCCCAGAGCCACCUGGGGGAUAGUAGGCCUACUGACUGGUUUGCAGAUCAGGAUCCGCCUUCAGUCAAAGAGGCUGUUGUUCCCCAGCAGAGAGAUCUUGCUUGCAGCGGUGGAAAAAAUGUGGCAUUGCCUACAGCAGAGAAAGAAAGCUAUGUACAUUCCGAUUUUCAUAAGACCAUAUCUAACACUGGACAGUUUGAAUUUCCACUGGAUGUUAAUAUGUCAUGUGAUAAUGGUACAUGUAUUACAAAGCCAAUUGGCAUGUUAAUGAGCUUUAAUACCACACAGAAACAGGAUCCUGUUGAAAGCAAACGUUUGAGUGGGCAAGUCGGCAUUCCCCAAGAAUAUCAAGAAUCCCCUUGUCUUCCGGCAUUGCAGCAGUAUGUCAAUACAACGCCUGAUUUGAAUCAGCUCAUUAGUUAUGGUAAUUCACCUGAAUAUAAAAAGCAAAAGGUAAACAAAUUUGACACUCUUUCUAGUAUGAAGGUGCAAGAAAAUAUGCUUGCCGACGCCAGGCAAUAUUCGGAAAAUCUUUAUACGGAUGUAAAUGCGUCUAUAAAAACAACUGAUCUAUUUGUAAAGAAUGUAACCUCACCUUUUCUGUUACUGGAAACGGAGGAUCUUUUUGAAGAUGAAAUGCCCGUAAAUAGUUUGCGCUUUAAAUCUGAUAUUUCAAAGACCGACACAAAAAGAAGGGAACCUGUACCAGAUAUUUCAUCAGUAAGGAAAGACGUUGCAAGUUGGUCACCGUACCAGCUCCCAGUCACAGAAGCAUGUGAUGGUGAUAAAGUAGGUCAAACAACUAUUAGCAAGGUGAAACGUAAGUCAUACCAGCAUGACCACACUCCAGACAUUUCACGUAUUACGCAUGACAUGCAGGUGGUGUCGCCCUUUCAAGACCUCGGCGAGUGGGGCCAUGUUGAAUACGGCUCCAAUGGCAAAGGAAAAGAGGCUCGAAGUGAAGGGAUGAGACCAGACUUUCGAUCAGGAUGUAGCACAUCAAGAGAAAUAACUCCUGUGAUAUCAAGUUGUAAUGUUAUGAAACUUACUAAAGCAAUGGAGGUAGUCUCUCCUUUCCAGCAACUGGAAGCGGAAGACUGUAUUGGGCAUUUUAAUUCCCCAGAGCACUGUUUAUAUGAGGAUCCAUUCAAUGUGUCGCAUUAUAGCGGAAGGGAGGCGGUGGAUGCAUGCACAUCAAACAAUAGUAGAGUAUGCAAGGAUAAAUUGAGAAUGCCGACAUAUUCCAAACCGCUGAAUGAGGACUCAAAACAGAAACAAUUUGACAAUGGGGCAUGCGGUUCACAGUGUGUGAUUCAAGAAAAGAUUAACAAACGAUCAUUUUCUGACAAUGCCGAUCCUUAUUUGAGAAUGAUGAAUUCCAAGGACUUUCAGGCGACGUAUGCAGUGGUGUCUGACAUUGUUGACGACCUGGAUGCAAGCAUACAAGACAGUGUCGUGCAUAGUGUGUCCGAGGGUGCGUUUCCCGGAGUUGGGUCGGUAACGAAUACCGUGCCGGAGAUUCCUGACGAUUCUGAUGAAUGGUUUGACGAUGUACUGAUGGGUGUCGACGAGUGGUUACAAUGAUGUUUAUGUGUUUAAGAAUGCUUAGUGCUGAUCAUAGUAUGAAUUGAAUUGAAGUUAACAGUUGAUUUGCUUGUUUUUAGUCCCCUACCGGUUUUACCGGAGGGGACUUAAAGUUUGCGCUCCGUGUGUCAGUCAGUCUGUCAGUCUGUCACACUUUUCUGGAUCCUGCGAUAACUUUAAAAGUUCUUCAUAUUUUGUCAUGAAACUUGAAACAUGGAUAGAUGGCAAUAUGGAGAGUAUGCACGUCAUUUCAUGUCGUUUCUACGUCAAUAAUUCUGGUUGCUAUGGCAACAAAUAGACUAGAAAUACUGCUGAAAAUGGUGGUUUUCUGGAUCCUGCGAUAACUUUUAAAGUUCUUAAUAUUUUUUCAUGAAACUUGAAAUAUGGAUAUAUGGCAAUAUGGACAUUAUGCACGUCAUUUCAUUUUGAUCCUACGUCAAAAAUUAUGGUUGCUAUGGCAACAAAUAUAAAAAAAAUCUGAAAAUGGUGGAAUUUCUGACAAUGGUGGAGCCGGUAGGGGACUUAUAUUGCUUGACAAUAGUCUUGUUUUUACUUAUUUUGGUUGAAUGAUUUUGAUGUAUCAUUAUUUCACAAUAAACUUUUUCGCUGAUA